AUGUUCUCAUUUUCAGUAACAUACUAGACAGCAAAGGUUUGAAAUUUGAAAAACCAGAGAUGAUUUUCGUCCGUAUAAUUUUGUUGAUGAUUAUAUGCAAGGCUGUCACAUCCUUGCCAUGUCUUUCUAACGAAUCAAAGAAGGAUUUCGAUGACUCCAGAAUUGCUCUAAGAGACAUGGAAAAUCACCUUGGAAACACUGUCAAGAAAUUAGAAAAUGGUUUUAAGAAAAUUACAGCUUCAAUACAGGACCAGCUUGGGGUAGUCAAAGACGCUCUAUCGAAUGUCGGAGAAAAGGUCAAGAAAGUUGAUAGUGACUUCCGGGUUCUAGGGAAAGAUUUUCAGAAAACUAAAUGGCACAAAUAUAAUGGACACUGUUACUUUUACGGUUCUGACAAACAGAACUGGUUCACUGCUGAGAGAAAAUGCAGGGAGAUUGGAGGUUACAUUGCUAAGAUUGAUGACAAAAAAGAGAAUGAAAAACUCUUUGCAAGCAGACCAAAAACUGAUGAUCAUCUUUGGAUAGGACUAACAGAUUUGAAUGAAGGAGAAUAUCGAUGGAAUUUUGAUCAAGCCAAAGCUACUUAUCUACCAUGGCAUAGUGGUUUUGGUAAUAAAGGCAAUGGUUACGAUUGUGUUGCCAUGAUUAAUAGUAGCGGUGGAACAUGGAUUGACUAUAUAUGCAACACUAAUUAUUAUUAUAUAUGCGAGAGUAAUUUCUGUUUCUGAGAUGACGAAGCAGCGACAGAAAAAAAUGAAUAAAAAAUGAUGCCCUUUUCAGA